AUGACCAAGCCCAUAAUCCUCCACCUCGGCGACCCCAUCGCCUACAACCACGACCUCUACAACGGCCCCCUCUCCACCCGCUUCACCAUCAUCCGCGACACCUCCCCGACCCGCGAUGCAUUCAUCGAGGCGCUGAAAACCAACAAAUACGGCCCCUUCGUCGCCAUCUUCCGCCCACACUUCUCCUCCGGCACGACCAUGUCCCCCUGGGACGCCGACCUGGUCUCCCUCCUGCCUCCCAGCGUCAAAAUCUUCGCCUCAGCGGGAGCAGGCUACAACGACAUCUCCAUACCCUCGCUCACCGCGCGCGGAAUAUACUACACCAACGGGGCGGGCGCCUCCGACGAAGCCGUCGCCGACACAACACUAUACAUGAUCCUCAGCGUGUUUAGAAACUUCACUGCAUCGCAGAUCGCGGCGCGGUCGGGCGAUACGGAGAAGUUUCUAGAAUGUCAUCGGAAUCUAGCGGGGGUGUCGACGAAUCCCAGGGGGAAGGUUCUGGGGUUGAUUGGACUGGGGAGGAUCGGGAGUGAGGUGGUGAGGAAGGUGAGGGGUGGGUUAGGGAUGGAGGUUGUUUAUUAUGAUGCGGUACGGUUGAGUGAGGAGAGGGAGAGGGAAUUGGGGGUGAGAUGGGGGGGAGGGAUUAGGGGGGUGUUGGAGGAGGCAGAUUGUGUGUCGGUGCAUUGUCCGUUGACUGAGGGGACCAGGGGGUUGAUUGAUAAGGAGAAGAUUGGGUGGAUGAAGGAUGGGGUGAGGGUUGUUAAUGUGGCGAGGGGGGGAGUGGUGGUUGAGGAGGAUUUGGUGCAGGGGUUGAGGAGUGGGAAGGUGGCUGCUGCGGCGUUGGAUGUUCAAUGA